UUCUUGGUCUGCUCUGUUUAUUUGUAACUCAGAAUAGGAAUUCGUUGAUAGUCCAGGGACACUCCCACUUGCUAGGCGUCAAGGGUCGGAAGUAGGAAGCGUCCCAAGCCAUGGCCGAACCUGUGCUGCAGCAGGUUCGCAAUCAAGCGGCCCUGUUGGUGCUUCUCGUCUCCUCGCUUUUCUGGUCGACCACCUCGGCAAUCCGCGCUAAUCCGGUUCACCGGCCCCUCGAGCAGGACCAGGGGUCAAAGUGCGAGGUGCAGAGCUACACCCUGCGGAGCGACGUCCACCUCAGGUACUCGACUUCGAUGCUGCGUAUUCAGGUGGCUAACCCUGAACGGAGCUGGCGCACUUUGGAGUGCACCCUGAACGUCGUGAUUCCAGAAACGGCGUUUCUAUCCGGCGUCCUAGCAGAAAUCGGAGAUAAAGUGAUACAAACUAAGGUUAUCGAAAGAAACGAUGCGAAUUCAAGCCACGAAGACGAGGAUGAUGGCACUAACGAUCCAUUUGAGGUGCCAAGAGAUUCAAAGCUAAUUAGAAUCGGAGUAUCCUUGAAGGCUGAAGAGGAAGCGAUUUUAUUCAUUUCCUACGAGCAGUUAAUCACAAGAAAAUUGGGCAUUUAUGAAAUUGUCCUUAAUCUACAUCCAGGCCAGAUUGUGCAAGAGCUAAGGGUAGACGCAUAUAUUCACGAAUCGAGGGAAUUGUCUGUUUUGCGUGUUCUUGGAAUUAGAUCUGGACAAGAAAUUGAUCCUCUGGAGGGUCAAAGUGAAUUUCCCUUAUCAAAAGUAAUCAGACGAUCUGAAAAUGAGGCUCACAUAAUCUUCUCGCCGAGUAGAAAGCAACAAAUGCAACUUGCCAAUUCCAAAGCGUGGCUGUCCAACAGUGACAAUGGUCUUUCAGGACAAUUGGUUGUCCAAUUUGAGCUAAGCAGACCGAAAGAUGGAGAAAUCAUGUUGAAAGACGGCUUUUUCGCGCACCACUACGCACCGACCGCGCUGAGCGUUCUUCCGAAACACGUGGUUUUCGUCCUAGACCUGAGCAGCUCGAUGGCUGGAAGAAGAAUCUCGCAGCUCAAGUUAGCAAUGGCCGCAAUUUUGGACGAGCUGAAAACCGACGACUACUUCUCAAUUGUCCAGUUCAACAGUUUCAAAUCAGUGUGGAGACCGUUCAGCAGGGAAAAGAGAAGGCCAAAAAGCAAUCGGCGGCCGCGGCAAUUUGGACAGAGCAAUUACUCUAAUCAGCAGGAUCGCAUAUCCAGCAGCAGCGACGGCGGCAGGCGCGUUCAAAAGCAGCCGGCGGACCUGGAAGGCGGCGGCCGCGUUAUUCCAGCAAAACCUCAUUACAUCGCCAAGGCGAAAAGAUAUAUCAAACGCAUGAAAGCCUCCGGAGGCACCAAUAUUCAAAAGGCACUGACAAAGGCCAUCGAAAUAGCGCAUUCCUCCGACGUGCCCCUUGCUUUGGUCGUCUUUUUGACCGACGGCGACUCCACGGUUGGCGAAACAAAGGCCAGUUAUAUUCUGAAAAUCGCACGGGAAGCAAAUCGGAAGGAAAAGUGCGGGAGCUACCAAGAAACCAUAGACGAGCCGUGCGAUAAUAUCACCACUAAACACGUCCCAAUCUACAGUCUUGCAUUUGGAGAGGAAGCAAAUAUUUACUUUUUGCGCAGACUUUCUGCAGAAAAUUUUGGUACAGCUCGCAGAAUUUACGACGCAGAGGAUGCGGCAAUUCAGUUGCAAGAAGUAUACGCAGAGCUCGCCGCACCAGUCCAAGCCAACUGCCUUUUCCAAUAUCCAGAGAAUAUGGUUGAUCCCGAAUGGGUAACACAACACAAAUUUGCUGCUGCUUUCUUGGGCUCCGAGAUCGUGGUUGCUGGACGACUGCUUCCAGAAGAUGAAAAAAGCGAUGGCGCUGACGAGGGUAACGGUGACUUUUGGGGCGAAGUGAAAGGAGAACAGGCCACCGGGGAAGUGUCUACCGUGCACCUGCCUGACUCAGAGAUCGAGUUUUACCCCAACACCAAAUUUAAUCCCAACCUGUCGCAUCUGUGGGCUUACUUGACCAUUUACCAGCUUCUCGUGGGGUCUGCUGCGCGUGAUUCGCGCGAAGAAGCAACACAAAUUGCACUUGAAUAUUCUUUCGUAACUGCAACCACUACACUAGAACCACACUUCGAGGGUGACCGAAAUGACGUGGCCACAUCAGUUUUGCGAGUACACCUUCCCGCUGAGCAAGAAAUCGGCCACAUCAUGGAUGACGACAACGCAAGCAGCACGGACGUGUGUUCCGAGGGUGGCGAGGGCGAGUACUGGUUCCCUCUGCAGCAGGCGUUCAUCCCCUGUGGCGAGCGGAAAGUUACACAUCACGUGCCCAACUCGUCGCAGCAGCGUAGCUCGGAAAACUUCGGCCGCAACCAAAUUCACGAGCCCACCAACGCGAUGGAAGACGAGGACGAACAGGAUUUUGAAGAGGACAAAAGUGAAGUUGUACAAAAGUACCAGCUGGUUGAUUUGGAGUCUCUUACCUGGUUGAAAGAUGUGCGAUACGGCCCCCGAUACUUGGUUCUACCCAAAGGAAGGGGAGGCGAAAAUCAGCUCUUUUCACUUGGACUGAAUGAGUCUAACGAGGCUUAUUCCCCUUGUUUGUCACCUCUGAAAGAACCCAGCCACUGCCGGCAUUUGCAUUUUUGUUCCAUUACCGAGUUGAAAGAAGACUUCUACGAAUUCCUCCGCUUCUUCUGCUCCAUUAACCAUUUUGCAGGAGUCUGCUGCCCGGACAGCCUGUUUCCUAUUGACGAGAGCAACGUGCAGCCUUUCGAUAAGUAGGCGACGGAAACAAUAUCCCUUUGGAACAACUCUAAUCAACCUCUAAUAGCCAUGCACACUACAAUGUAAGCGCGCGUGUUUUAUGGUAUUUGGAGAAAAACGCGGAAAGCGAGGCGUACGCGUUCCUUCACGUCGAGCUCUGUGAAAGAUUAUGAUGAAAAAAGGCAGCUCCUUUUAUCUUUUCCCCGACACAUCAACAUUUAUAAUCGUUUAUCCUCGGGUCAAUCUGAGCAGCUUUUGCUUUAUUGUGCAGCCGCCGACGGUGUGAAUUAAGGAGGAAUUUUGUGGUGGCCUAUCUGCACUCUGAAUAAACUAUAAUUCUCGGCGAGCGCGUUUUUCAGGUUGCGCGGCGCGCUAAAUGACAAGCCUCGGGAAUUUCAAUUACACCUCCCGCGCGCGCGAUAUCAUUAUUAUUUUUGUUCGCGGCGUCCGCGGCUGCGGCCGACCGAUGGUGCGAGGAAUUUUUUUGUUUUGUUGUCUAAUAGUGUCACACACAACACACAGAAUCGUAAAGUAAAUUAAAGUAAUGGAAGGAGGCGGGCGGCUCUUUUGUCUGAUGUGGUUUUCAGCAAUGAUAGAGAUUAUCUCGCGCCUCACAAAAGGGACGUUUUCCCUGUUGGCUUCUCCUAUAUAUGUAUAGGGCUUUUAGCAACAGCUGGUCGACGCGAGUAGCGUAGUUGAUCUAUGGACCACAUUUUUGCAACAGCAGUAUUGGUACGGAUGUGCAAAACCGAUUAUCGAUUCUUUUUUCUAUCGAAUCAUGAGUUCUUUGGCAUCUUGACGCAUUUUGAAAAUCAAUUUUUUUCUAGUGAUAAUUUAAUCAGGGAAUUAGCAGAAAAUCUCAGUAAAAGGGUCAAAUUUUAUGGCAUGCCCUCUUUUUUAAUUUUCCAGUGAACAACGCCCCAAUUUAAAAAAUCCUGCGAUUUUCGCUCUCUAUUACAGUGGUCGCUUUUCACAGAGAAUCCAGUGAAAAAAAAUUGUAAAAUAUUCUACUUUUCCUGGAAAUCAAUUUGCUCGUUUUAAGUGAUAAAGAAUCAAAGCGACGUAUCACUGAUGGCACUUGGCAAAAUAAAAUGUUAAACACUAUAGAAAUCGAUAUUAUUCUCCUUAAACUCGAUUAUUAAAUAGAUUAUUUUGAGCUGAAGACAGCGAUUUUGAUUAUUUUUGCACAUCCCAAAGAAUUAGAACUGCAUUUUUUUUACUUUUAAUUUUAAUGAAGUUUAUAUCGUGCCAGUUUGAUUAUCUGAGGUUUACUAUGUACUUGGUUUGUCAUUCCACAGAAAACACAAAAUUUGAAGAGCCCUCGAUUUUGCUUAAUGAUAGUGUUUGAUUGCUGGAGCACGCUUUCGGUGGAUACCUGUGAUGUGUUGACCGUGAACAAUUUCAAAUUGUCAUUGUUAUUCACAAUUAAGUACAAUAGAGAGCCAAUGACACGGCUAAAAUAGUCCAAAUGCCUGUGUCUACAUUGUAUCACGAGAUUUUUGCUGAGCAUUAUUGUUAUAUUAUUAUUACAUAUACCUUGUUCAUGCUUGUUACGUCCGACGAUGAAGCUUUUGUGUUCGGAACCGCUUUAUAGUGAGAAAUCCGAACAAAAUACUUUCUUGGUGUUUGGCUAAAAAUGGCAUUAUUCCAGUACAACUAUUUUUACACUUGAUUAAUAUUAAAAUAUUUGUUACAAUUAUUCACUGCAAACGUAAACUGCUAAUUAAACUUGAGCAGCAGAACUUUGUUGGUUGUUUGUUUCUUGUCUGAUUAUCUUUGGUCUUUGAUGUUGUCAAUUGUUUGAUUUCGCUACUACUUGAGUUUUGCGAGAUAACGAGUUUCACGUGAAACGAAUUGAAUUGUUUGUUCAGCAGCAGUGAAAUCAAACUCUCUAUAUUUAUCUUUCUAAGCUUUGUAUAUUGUUCAUUGUGUCGAUGAACUUUUUCUUGUCUCUGCUUGGUAAUCAUAAACUUAAUUUGAUUAAUAUUUUAACACAACUUCAGCUCAGUUUACAGGCCAAAAUUAAAACAAAAUACACGGUUGGCUAUAUCUCUGCAAUAAAUAUAACUAAAUCAGGACCGAUGAGUAACAGUUAUUUUCCAAAUUUA